GUAGCGCUAUCUUUCUCAGUGUAACGCCUUUAGCUAGCUCAGAUACUCGAGGGUGGUGAUUUUCAGUUUCGUGUUCGUUUCUUGGUUUUUCUGUUCAGUCAUUUGUUUGUUUGCACCGAAAACCCAUUUCGAAACUGGUCUUACUUAUUUUUUUGCUGAUCUGGUCGAAGAAUACAUAGCGACACACACAAACAAACCAUGGCUGGUGCCACGAAUUGGCUUACGUUUUCGUUGACUCACAUGGAAAUGCAGCAGUUCGGUCCAUACGACACCACCACUCACUCUCACUGCUUCAACGACAGCAAUUUUUAUGGGUGGACGAAUUCUAAGAGCGUCAUGGAUUCACAGAGUGAGACCCAACAACUUGCGGUGCCAAAAAUGGAAGAUUUUUACUUCGGUGAUCACCAGCAAGAUCUGAAGGCGAUGAUUGUUCCUGGGUUCAAAGCGUUGUCUGGGACCAACUCGGGGUCCGAGGUGGAUGACUCGACCUCCAACAAGACGGUGACUCGGGUUGCACCCGCUGCGUUGGGCGGUGCUCACUCUGGCGAAUCUAAUUGUAAAGGAUCAGCUUUGACUUUAUGCGAUGUUGCUGCGAAUGGUUCUGAUGAUAGUAAUAAUAAGGCCGUUGUUGCCGUGGGGUUUGAUACUCGGAAGAAGGUUGCUCAUACGUUUGGCCAGCGAACUUCAAUUUACAGAGGGGUCACAAGGCACCGAUGGACGGGAAGAUAUGAAGCGCAUCUAUGGGAUAACAGCUGUAGGCGAGAGGGUCAGGCCAGGAAAGGGCGUCAAGUGUACUUGGGUGGAUAUGACAAGGAAGAUAAGGCUGCGAGGGCUUAUGAUUUAGCAGCUCUAAAGUACUGGGGACCAACAGCCACGACUAACUUUCCUAUUUCCAAUUAUACAAAGGAAUUGGAGGAGAUGGAACAUGCAGGAAGGCAAGAAUUUAUUGCAUCACUGCGAAGGAAAAGUAGUGGUUUUUCAAGGGGAGCUUCUGCUUACAGAGGUGUUACAAGGCAUCACCAACAGGGUAGAUGGCAAGCGAGAAUUGGCCGAGUUGCGGGAAACAAGGAUCUAUACUUGGGAACAUUUUCAACUGAAGAGGAGGCAGCAGAGGCUUAUGACAUUGCAGCCAUAAAGUUCAGAGGUUCGAGCGCCGUAACCAAUUUCGAGAUGAGUCGAUAUGACGUCGACACUAUAUUGAACAACUCGCUUCCAGUUGGUGGCGUAGCAAAGCGCUUGAAAGUUUCCCCAGAAACGGAGAACAAAGCUCUUAUCAGCACCAUUAUUCAACCACCUCAGAACACAAACGCAAGUAGCAGCAUCAAUUUCUCAGCCAUUCAGCCAGUUUCUUCUAUACCCUAUGAUUCUGCAAUCACAUGUUACCCCCACAACUUCUUCCACCACCAUUUCAAUCCUACCAACGGUGGAACUAGCUCAUCAGAUUCUGCUGCUGCUGCAGCAGUGACCGAUGCGAUUGCACUCAAUACCCUUCCACCACCAGCAGUUCCUGGGUUCUUCAUAUGGCCUCACCAGUCCUACUGAAACGAUCAACUAGCUAAUUUUCUGUUUUGCUAACAAAUAGAAAGUUAGUUUUUGGUGCAAUUUAGCUUCACCUGCUGCUUCUGGGUCUGACCCUCUUUAACCCUUUUGCUGAGAAGAAAGAAAGAUAGGUCUUUUGCUCGUAACUGUAGGGAAUGGAUUAUGUAAGUAACUUCUCAAAGAUGAGGAGUAUUGAGUUGCUCUUUUUCAAGCAUGAACAAAGCUUUCUAAUUGCUUGAUAACUUGCUGCAGCAUAAUAAAUGCUUACUUUUUUCUUCUCCAAUUAA